ACUCCCUUAAAAAGUUUUAUCAUUCUCAUUAACAUCAUAUCCUUUUCUUAAAAGAGUUAUCACACUAUUAACAGUGUUAAAAAAAAUUAAUAAAAGUGGAAAGUACUUUCAAUCGUAUCAAAAGUGUUAUUAUACACAUUAAUGUGUUAUCAUCAAUGUUAUCAUUAAUGUGUUAUUAUUGAUAACAGAUCAUAGGUUGAUAACUUAUCAACCUAUGAUCAGUGAUGUUAUUUUAUUUAUGAAACAAUAAUAAACUAACAAUAUUUCUAAAAUAUUCAACUAAUUAUAAAUGAGCGGAUGGGAAGAAGAAUUCGUCGAGCGCGUGGUUAUAAGACAAAUUUUUAUCCAUAUUUAUGAAGAUUAUGAAACACUCCAAGUAGAUGCAAAAGAAUUAGAAAUCCUUCUCAAAUAUUCAAAAAUGACAAAAAUUGUUAUAAUAUCCUAUAUAGUUUAUACAACAUCAACAAUGUUUGCGUAUGUAAUCAUUGGACAAAUUCCUUAUUACAUGGACUUAAUCAAUCCCUUAAAUGAAACACGUCCAAGGUAUUAUCCAGCCGAAGUUAAUUAUGUACUUUUUGAAGAAGAUAAUUAUUAUUUAGCAGUAACUACACAUGAAUUGUUUGGUGUUGUAUAUGGAGUGAAUUUAAUCGUUCUGUCAGAUUUAAUACUAUUUUUGUGCUCUCGACAUACUUGCGCAUUAUUUGGUGUUUUAAAAUAUAAAAUACUUAGUAUUAAUAAAAAUAAAGAUGGCGAAUUUCUUGAUGUUGACGAUCCUGUGAUGUACGAGAACGCUUGUGCUUGUGCAAAAUUGCACAUCAGAAUACUUGCAUUCAUAGAAUUGACUAACUCAUGCUUUGCUAUGGCUUUAUUAUUAUUAUUUUCUACAACGGUGAUGAUAAUGAGUUUUCAUUUAUCAAUGAUAAUUUUGAAGCAACAAGAUUUUAACUAUUUUGUGAAAGGAGUGAGUAUUGCCAUUGGACAAGCUAUUCAUAUAUUUUUUAAUUGUUUUACCGGACAAAUGGUACAAAGUCAAAGCUCAAAUUUAACAUCUCAUUUAUACGAUUUCCAUUGGUAUGAUACGAAGAAAAAAAUUGCAAUGGUUAUAUAUUAUAUGACAUCGAGAAGUUUGAUUGAAUGUAAUUUAAACGUUGGUAAAACUCUAGUUUUGGGUUUAGAUUUAUAUACUACGAUUAUGAAAACAAUUUUCUCUUAUUUGAAUGUUUUGAAUUCUCGUCAUAAUGCUAAUUAAAAUUUGUCAUUUAACGCAGAGCUCUGUGAAACAAUAUAAAUGAAAACUGUAUGUGGGAAAUAAAAUAAUAAAUAGUUUAAUAAUUAUGAA